AUUCAAAUUGCAAUUUUUGCCAAUCCAAACAUGCCACCUCCCAUUAAGCUCUCCAAAAAGCACCACAAGCGCCUUAACAAUCCAUUCCCUUCUACCCCAAAAUCUCUCCCAUUCAUCCCUGGAAAUCUUGUCUAUAAUAGCCAGAAUCUCCCCCACCACCACCAAACCUUCCCAAUUGGCCAUGAUUUCCAGCUUCAUCACACCCAUAAAAAUUGUGGGUCUCUCGUCAUUUCCCACCAAUCACAGCCACACAGAAGCAUCUGGUCUACCGCCUCAGGGCAGGCCUUUGUCUCUGCGGCAUUUGUAGAAACAGAGGUGGAAGAAAGCAGAGGAUCGUUUGUGAUAAAAGACAGAGAUGUUCUGUUCAUCUGCAACCAUCAGUCUGUUGAAGAUAUACAGGUCCUGGAUCGAUCAACGGUCGAUUUCUCAUCUGGGUCUUUGAAAUUUGAUUCGGAAAUCGCCAUUUCGGAUCGAUUGGGAGAUACCCAAUUCCCGGCUUUGAUUAUAACCGGAUGGAUUUUCAGUGGGAAGAAGAUCCUGAAAUCCAUGGGCGGAAAAAAGUCCGACUUCGAGACCAAAAAAAUCAAAUUAGGAAGGGUGAAGAGGCUUUUGAUUUCUGCGAGAUAUCGGGUUUUGCUUUACCAGGAAAACCAACACCAAGUUGGUUUUCGAGUCGAUUUCGGAAAACCCAAUUUGGAAUUGCACCGUCCAAAGGAGUUCCCAAAACCUUCCAGAAGCUUCCGGAGCCUGCGGUGGAGGCUCGGUCAGUUUCAGAAGCGGCGGAUCGGGUGGUUCUCGAGGCACAGGGGAUUCACAAAGUUGUCGUCAGACGAGGAACGACAGGAAGAGAAAGUUGGAGAAUUGAAGGAAUUCAAUCGAGUUUUCAUCACAUAUACGAGCGAGGCAGAUGAGCGGUUUUAUGGGUUUGGAGAGCAGUUCUCUCACAUGGAAUUUAAAGGCAGGCGGGUGCCUAUACUCGUGCAAGAACAAGGUGUUGGGAGGGGAGAUCAGCCCAUUACUCUUGCAGCUAAUUUAGUUAGUUACAGGUCUGGGGGCGAUUCAAGCACGACUUACGCUCCUUCACCAUUCUACAUGACAUCAAAGAUGAGGUCUCUUUAUCUUGAAGGAUAUGGCUAUUCGAUUUUCGAUCUAACAAAACGGGAUAGAGUACAGAUUCAGAUAUACAGUGACAGUGUUCAAGGAAGGAUAUUGAAUGGGAAUACCCCAGUUGAGCUUAUUGAACGGUUUACAGACACCAUUGGGAGACCACCAGAGCUUCCAAAAUGGAUUAUAUCUGGUGCUGUUGUCGGAAUGCAAGGCGGUACGGAAGCUGUAUGCCGUGUUUGGGAUCGAUUGCAGGAUUACAAUGUUCCUAUUUCUGCAUUCUGGUUACAGGAUUGGGUGGGGCAGAGGGAAACGAUGAUCGGCUCACAGUUGUGGUGGAACUGGGAAGUUGACACAACUCGAUAUGCAGGAUGGACUAAACUAGUAGACGAUCUUCGAUCUCACAACAUCAAAAUGAUGGCCUACUGCAAUCCGUGUCUGGCUCCGCGAGCAGGUACAAUUCUUGAAGCUUCCCUUUCUUUCCAGAUAGAUGAUAAGCCAAACAAAAAGAAGAACCUUUUUGAGGAGGCGAACGACUUGGGCAUCUUGGUGAAAGAUGAAGCUGGUGAAACAUACAUGAUUCCGAAUACGGCUUUUGAUGUAGGAAUGUUGGAUUUCACACACCCCGCUGCUGGCAGUUGGUUCAAGAAGAUCUUACGUGAAAUGGUGGAUAGUGGAGUGAGGGGCUGGAUGGCGGAUUUCGGUGAAGGAUUACCAUUAGAUGCUUGCCUAUUUUCAGGUGAAGAUCCAAUUUCCGCUCACAACAGAUACCCUGAACUAUGGGCUAAAAUAAAUAGGGAAUUCGUUGAUGAGUGGAAAUCAACGCAUCAAGCAACAGAUGGUGAAGAUGAUGAUGAGAGCUUGGUCUUCUUCAUGAGGGCUGGUUUCAGAGAUAGUCCCAAGUGGGGCAUGUUGUUUUGGGAAGGCGACCAAAUGGUAAGUUGGCAGAACAACGACGGAAUAAAGAGCGCUGUUGUAGGCUUGCUGAGUAGUGGACUCUCCGGUUUUGCCUUUAACCACAGUGACAUUGGAGGCUACUGUGCAGUUAACUUGCCUAUAAUUGGGUACCGAAGAAGUGAAGAAUUGCUUCUCCGAUGGAUGGAGUUGAAUGCAUUCAGCACGGUUUUCCGGACCCACGAAGGAAACAAUCCAUCUGCCAACACCCAAUUCUAUUCGAAUGACCGCACCUUAUUGCAUUUCGCACGUUUUGCAAAAGUAUACAAGGCAUGGGAGUUCUACAGAAUCCAACUUGUGAAGCAAGCUGCUCAAAAAGGGCUGCCCGUCACUCGGCAUCUGUUUAUCCACUUCCCAGAUGACGACCAUGUUCAUAGCUUGACCUAUCAGCAGUUCUUGGUUGGAACUGAGAUCUUGGUGGUGCCGGUCCUCAACAAAGGUAAGAACACAGUCAAGGCCUACUUCCCAUUAGCUGAAGGAUGUUCUUGGAUUCAUAUUUGGACAGGGAAACUAUAUGGUACUCCAUUCGAUCAUUCAAGCCCUCGACGGUCAGGAUUCGAAGCUUGGGUCGAAGCUCCCAUUGGCUAUCCUGCCGUGUUUGUAAAGUUUGGUUCUCAAAUUGGAGAAGCCUUUGUAAGGAAUCUAAGAGAUUUUGGUAUUCUGUAAAUUAGAAAUUCUUGAAGAAGCCUCGUUUGAUUC